ACUCCUCCUCCCAUCGGAGAAGAGGAAACCCUAAUUCCUAGCCCCCUAAUCAACAACCUAGUCAACCCAAACACCGCCUCCUUAAUGACCGACCUGAGCGGCGUCUUUGAAAGUUUCCUCUCAUUCCUCUCAUCGCCUAUGCGUCCUCCAACAACAUUCCAUAAUCCAUUUCAUCCUUCUUCCCAUUAGCGUAUCUCUCUGUGCUCCAAUAAGCAAUGCCUUACCCUUUUUCCAAUAGAGAUGGUUGAGUGGGUAGAAGAAGCAGAAGGGCACACCUUUUGUUUUAGUCAAAAUUCUCAGCCUAUCUUUCUCUCCUAUAUAUAGGUUUAUAUCCUUAGCUACUCAACAAAUUAUGCAGAUGGUAGAGAUCUAGGCUCCAACGGUAGCGCCACCAAUCACGUCGUCGUUCUCGAAGUCAAGCAAGAUCAUCAUCUAGCGGUGCCGCCGCCGCGUUCUUCUUCCAUAUCAGUUUACUUCAUCUAGAAUAUUGAAUUACAGAAUUACCCACCGUCAUCGAGCAAAACCUCGCUGCCUCAAAAGCCCUCGGUCGAUUCCUCUCCUGCGGCGAGGGUAAGGAGGAAGCGAUUUCACCAGUUGAUAUGCAAGUCGGGGAGUUCCUGAACAGAAUGCAUAGCUUGAGUUUCGCCGAGCUGGCUCGGCUGAUGGCUGGGUUGAGGAGAUUUGAGGGCUGGCGAGAGAGACUGACCGAUUGACGAUAAAGAAGAUUAAAUUAGUAAUUAUAAUAAUUUUUUCUGUUUUAUUUAUUUUAUUUUGUUAUGAUAAUGAGGUGAAAAUUAUAAAAAAAUAUAUUUUUUGUAUUUUUUAAUUGUCACGUCGCUUAUUUAACGGUUAACUUUUAGAAUUGAUUGUUACGUCAGAUAAAAUUAUUGAAGACUAAUAAAAAAUUAUCAAGCUUAAACUGUAUAACUAAUUUAAACGAUCAUGAAUGAAAUAAAUUAACUUUAGUGACAAACAUAAAUUUUUAUAGGAAUUUUAGUGAUCAAACUUGCAAUUUAACCUUUCGUAAAGUAAUGGGACGAGUUCGAAGAAAUUGGACACGACCCGAAAUACCCAGAGGCAACGAGAGGGAGCCAAUAAACACGAUUCAAUCAAAAUAUCCGAUCUCAUCGUCCUCUACGGCGGCUGUUACUCGGCCGAGUCAAGAACUAACCACUGAGAGAGAUACUCAAUCCCGGCGGCAGCUUCCUUCCUCGCUUCAAGAUUCAGCCCUUCACAAUCCGAGAUGCAGCAGCAACAGGCCGGCGGAUCUGAAACGGAGGUAACUUGGGGCGAUCAGCAGAACAUCAACCAAUUCGGGAGGCUCAACAAUAGAUUCCACGAUCUCGAGGAAGAAAUCAAGGCUGCCAAGGAGAGCAAUGAGAAUCUGGAGGAUGCGGGCAACGAGCUGAUACUAACAGACGAGGAAGUGGUGAGGUUUCAAAUAGGAGAAGUGUUUGCCCAUGUUCCAAGAGACGAGGUUGAGACCAGGAUAGAGGAGAUGAAAGAGCUGACCACCAAAAACUUGGAGAGACUGGAACAGGAGAAAGUCUCCAUCUUGUCACAGAUGGCUGAGUUGAAGAAGGUUCUGUAUGCGAAAUUCGGAGACUCCAUCAACCUCGAGGAAGAUUAAUGGCAGCAGGUUUGGUUUUGUGAUGUAGCUUUGUUGUAGUAGCUUUGAACCAUGCUUGCUAGUUGUUGGAACUGAAUUGAAUUUUGUAGCAAGCAAAGUCUUUCAAGGGAGUUAUCAAGUGAUUAUGAGUAUCCAUAACA